AUGGUGGCUGGCUUAGUGGCUGCAACGUCCGGUAGCACUGCUUCAUUUGCUGCUGCUGCUGCUGCUGCCGCUGCUUCUGUUUGGCCAACCAAGCCAAUCGUUCAGGAUAGGAUAUCUACUGGCUGGAUUGGUGACGCUAAGAUGGAUGAACAAACGAAAUAUGAUGAGGAAGAGGACGAGGAUGAUGAUAGGCUGUUGUAUAAGCUGAACGACUCGACAUCAGGAGAUAGGUUUUAUAUUUGGAUGGAUUGA